UCGAGCCGGUUAGUCUUUUCGUAACAUUCCUAUCGAAAGGGAGAAGCGACCCGUUGACAGUCAACACAUCAUCAUCAACAACAACAACAACAACAACAACAACGAAGCGUCAUGGCACCGAUUGUGUUGUACAGUACCCGCCGUACGCCGGCCGGCCGUGCCGUGGAGCUGACGGCAAAGAUGAUCGGUAUCGAGCUGGAUGUGCAGUACAUUGAUCUGGCGAAGAAGGAAAAUAUGACCGAAGAGUAUCUGAAGAUGAAUCCGAUGCACACCGUGCCGACGGUCAACGAUAACGGUGUGCCGCUGUACGAUAGCCAUGCUAUCAUCAUCUAUCUGGUGCAGAAGUACGCAAAGGAUGACACCCUCUACCCGGCGAAGGAUCUAGUGAAGCAGGCCAACAUCAACGCCCUGUUGCACUUCGAGUCGGGCGUACUGUUCGCCCGGUUGCGCUGGAUCCUGGAGCCGGUGUUCUACUGGGGCCAGACGGAGGUGCCACAGGAGAAGAUCGACUCGGUGCAGAAAGCGUACGAUCUGCUCGAGGCUACGCUGAAGACGUCCGGCACAGACUAUCUCGUGGGCGGCACGAUCACGCUUGCGGACAUCUCCGUCAGCACAUCGCUCUGCACGCUCAACGCACUGUUCCCGGCGGAUGCGAGCAAGUACCCGCUGGUGCUGGCCUACCUGAAGCGGCUGGAGCAAACGAUGCCCCACUACCAGGAGAUCAACACGGACCGGGCCAAUGAGGCGCUGCAGCUGUACAACCAGAAACUUGGCAAGGUUUAGAUCCGGCUUCACGUCCACGGCACAUGCACUCAGCUCUGUCUUCUCAGGUCAAGAAUAAAGCUUUCCAAUUUGCAUUUAAAAAUCAAACAAA